AUGGAGUGUCGGAAGGAUUAUACCACGACUUCCGCCUACUACCAGAAACCUCGAGCUGCCUCUACCGAAAGCCGAGCAUCCUCCCCAGUGGGUUCCCAGGACACAAUAACUGUUUCCGGCGACGAUGAUCCUCGAUCGCGACCCCUCGUUGCGAGGGCUGAUCAUGAUAAAUUCAAUACCAAGACGCCAUCUCCCUCCAAAUAUGGAGGCUGGGCUUCACUUGAUGAUACAUGGCUUCUCGAAUGUGUCGCCAUGGCGUUCAGCUUCGCGUCCUUCAUUGCAGUCAUCGUUAUUCUGAGAGCCUACGACCACAAGCCGUCCCCUAAUCUAUCUUACGGGCUGACACUCAACUCAAUCAUCUCUUUGCUAGCCACAGCAUCCCGAUCGUCAUUACUUUUCGUGGUAGCUGGGGCGGUAGGUCAAUUGAAAUGGAUCUGGUUUCAGCAUCGAGAACAAUCCGUCUUAGAUAUGCAGUCCUUCGACGACGCAAGCCGAGGGCCGCUCGGCGCUUUGUAUCUUCUCUUCCAGCAUCGCGGGCUCUCGGUUGCCUCCCUGGGGGCGAUUGUUACCGUACUUUCGAUGGCUUUAGAUCCAUUUGUACAGCAGAUUUUGAGCUACCCUGUUCAACAAACUCCAGGUAGCACGACACAAGCGACGAUGCCCCAGGCGCUAACUUUUGCGUCAAAUGCGAACUACACUUUCUUGGAACAAAGCUACAACGCUGCUCUUUGGAACACGGAUUUUGCAGUGAAUCCUACUUGCCCGUCUGGAAACUGUACUUGGCCCGAAUUCCAAUCCCUGGGCUUUUGCAGUAAAUGCCAGGAUGUGACCGAUUUAGCCACUAUCUAUAAAUGUGAUCAAUGGACAGAGCCUGAUGUUGACGAUCAGCAAAAACUCACCGACGAACAAAAAUUCUAUGGUUGCUCUGUAAAUUCCGGUAACGGAGAAAAUGGCACCGCUGUGGUUCAAUAUAAUACUAAAACGAACGGCAUAGGCAUACCCGCAGAACUCAUAUGGAUGGUUGGUCUCACCAAACGAGUAGAUUCUUCCUUGGGUGUUCCCUACCCGGUUUUUGUCUUCGCGCAUGCCCAAUUUGAAGCGGAAUCUGCCAAUGCAAGCUUCACAAACAUCACGGAGUUUGUCCGCGGGAUUCGCCUUAAAAGCGUGCAAGAAUGCGUUCUUUCCUUGUGCCUGAAGACAUAUAAUGUUUCUGUCUCUUCUGGCACGCCACAAGUUAAUGUCACAUCGAUUGACUAUGGGGAGCGGUUCACCAAUAACCUUCCCGUCGACAACCUUGAAAUCGAAUACGGUUUUCAGGAUAUCGAUUGCUGGAGGCCGACCGAUCGGCCCGGCCCGUUCAACUUUGUCAAGCUUCCCACGGGGAACUGGGCCGAUACUGAGCAAUUUGUGUUUUGUCUCCGGAGGAUCAGUCCAAAUGUUACUGAAACCGGAUAUAUUGCUCUCGAUAAUCUAUACGCGAAUAGUCCAUUUUUGGGAUACAAGACUGAACAAUACAUGUUCAAUUUUAGUACCGCGUUGUGGGCCAUGUCAGCUGAUAAAAGCUGGUCCACCAGCGCUAAAUUCGCGGCUGCGUUCACCAGAGUCAUCGACUACGGCCUUGGUUCGUUGCUGUCGGACAUGGCUGCCGCUCUCACCAAGUACACUCUGCAAACCAGCAACGCCAGCGCUAGCGGCACAGCUAUGACCUCCCAGGCCUUCGUCAAGGUAUCUUGGCAGUGGCUGACUUUCCCGUCUGUGCUUCUUGUCGCUGGCUUUGCCUUCUGGAUCACGACGGUGAUGAAGAACCGACAACACCGACUCGGCUUGUGGAAGUCAUCUAUUUUACCCAUGCUCUAUUGUGGUGCUGAGAAAAUUGACCCAAGGCUGGAGCGUUUUGGGUCUACAGCUGACUACACCAAAAUCAGCCAGAUGAGCCAGUCUGCACAAAUUACUCGGGUGAAAAUGGAAGAUAUUGUGGACGGUCGACUGCGGCUCGGAAGGAACAAGUGGAGUGGCCCAUCUGUAAUCUAG